UCCACUUACUGAGACAUCAGGCACCAGCCAGAGUGUAGCAGCCAAAGUGUUCUUCGCAAGUGUUGGCCAAAUCAGAUUGUCCACGUCGAGCGUUCAUUCAUCUAUUUUUGAUUCAGUCAUUUGCUUUCUACUGUAUAAUACAGUAUAUGUGUACAGCAGCCAAAGUGUUCUUCGCAGGUAUUGGCCAAUGAUUUCAUGCCGAGCUUGAUUGAGUAGCCAAUGAGGAAGGCCGUGGUACCUGAUUGGUCAAGCUUCUGGGUCAGCUGACCCCGGGGGAAGUUAUAAAUGGAUGGCGGCAGCCGGAGUAAUGAUUCGUCCGUUGCAGUGUCAUUUGUGUGUUCACGUCGCUAUAUAUUUGUAUGUUUGUCACCUAAUUUAUGAAAAGGAAACUAUCCAAGUUUAAUUUAUUUGCGUGCUAACUAUAAGGUGAGUUUUUGAUUUGUGUGUGGUUGUCAAAUUCGGUUCCAUUGAUUACCCUCCCAACACACUCUCACGCCCCCGCCCCCAAGAGUGGUGAAGAAACGGCGUCAAAAUGGUUGCCACAAGCACCUUGAAGCCCAAAUCAAACGAGUGCACCUGCGACGUGGCUGAGUGGAGAAACGACCAGACUUCCUUCGAAAAAGAACCGGAUUUUUGGGAGCCCUGGUGGGCCGAGACCCAGAGGAAUUCGGAAGCCACCAAGGACAGAAGCUGUCUCUGGCUGGCCAAAAUGCUGGAGAGCUGCCUGUCGCGAGCCAAAAGGUCGACCCUCCACUGUGCCACCGUGCUGGUCCCGGAGCAGCUAACGCGGCGGAUCGCAGGGCAAAUGCUGCGGCUGGCAUCCUGCGAGCCGUGCGGCCUGCGCGGCUGCGUCCUGGACGUCGUCCUGGAAAUGGACAAGGGCUGCAAGCGACUGGAGCGCUUGGUUUACGACGCCAGCGUGGUUCCCACCUUUGAGCUGACUCUAGUGUUCAAGCAGGAUGCCGCCGUCUGGCCCAGCUUGCGCGACUUGCUUUUCAUGGGCACCUGUUUCGCGCCGUCCUUUAGACGCGCGCUAAAACUGAGUCGAGGCUUCCGACUUGUCAAGAAAAAACUUUACUCCUCUUCGGGUGGCACAGUGAUCGAGGAGUGCUGAACUACGGGAUACAUACAUGCUCUUUGCCUCAGUUGUAAAAUGUACACUGCUUACAGUGCACAUAAAAAGUGCACACUCCGCUGUUUAAAUGUGAGGUUUUUAUGAUAUAAAAAUAUAAAACCAUGAUAAAUAAUUUCAAAACUUUUUCCACCUUUUAAUGUGAAUUAAAACAUGUCCAGUGCAAUCGAGGAAAAAAAAAACAUUUGGAGAUUAUGUAAAUACCCGGACUUUGAAUGUGAUUCAUUCUGAAUACAUCCCUAUUUUCAGAGGGUGUGCGCACUUCUGCAACCGCUGUUUUCCUCCAAUUUAUUUUUACAGGCCUUAAGUCACAUGAAGGGUGGAAAAAGUUAUAUACUGGUAUAUCUUAUUUUCAUAUCACCAAACUCAAGUUUGAUCAAGGGUGUGUCGACUUUUUCAAUGGCUUGCAUGUUGAUUCUAUUUGCUCACGUUCCUGUCCGCAGUUUUCAUAUUUGCGUCACAUUUUUGAACUUCUCUACAGCAAUGACGUUCUCAGGCAUUUUUUAAAGAUUAAUUUGGCUUUGUCGAUCUGAUGACUGCUUGGCAACAGUCAACAUGACUUUGAAUAGCAGGCCUCAUUGCACUCGUGACUUUUUUUUUUUAAUGUCAUUUUUCCACAGCCACGCAAGUUUCGUCUACAUUUAAUCGCACUUUUAAAUCCGUGUUUGCUUUUGAUUGAAAUCGUUUUGCUGUUUCGUAGACUAUAAAACAUUUCGACCU